AUGGAAGAUCACUUGGUAAUUGGCUUGGCAGUGGCCGGAAGCUUGAUUGGCCUUAUCCUCUUGGCCGUAACCAUCUAUCUGAUCUGUCGUUGUUGCGGAAAACGUCACGAUGGAGAUCGUAAGUCCAUUUACACUUUAAUCAUCAUUUUACUUUGUUUAUGCCCAUUUUUGUUAAAUUUACCGUAUUUCUUUAUUUUUUAUUUUGGCUUUUCAGGCGGUUCCGUCCGAAAUUUCUUCCGUUCCCGCGAAGAAGUGGACCCGUUGAUGAGUAUCCCUUGUGAACCCGGCUACAAACCCGAAGAUUUCCAUUACGCCGGCGAGCUGAAACUGAAAGAGUUCGAAUUCAACGACAAAACCCUCUCCGCCCUCCCUCCCAAAGAUGAGAAUCCUCCAGAUGCCCAUAUUCAAUAUACAACUGGCGAGGGAAAUGUAGUGUUUGAGGUCGCCGAUGGCAGCAAAAAAUUGGAUAGAUAA